AUGACAAGGAACCGCCCCUACAGCAACCACCCCUUCGCCCGCACCAGCCCCAAACACCCCAAAACAACCCUCAUCUUCGGCCAACACGCCGCCGCCAACACCACAGCCCACAGCUUUGCCCACCAGCCCCCAAAACAACUCCUCCGAGGCAACUGCAUUCCCAACGAGCCAGGCUACGCGCCCAACCCUUUCCGCCAGGACAUACUCCGGCCCGCAAAGACCACCACCUUCUUCACCGCGCGGGUUCCCAAGGGUAAGACGCUGCCGAUGCCGAGCAGCCGUUUCCACAAGACCAAUGCAGGCGACGAGAUCGACUGGCUCAGGCUUCUGGACCAGCUGCGGCCCAUAGCUAUCCAGAAGCAGAUGUCCUACAUCUCUACCUCCCCCGGUAGCACGCAGCAGCAGCAGCAGCAGCAGCCCAAGCUCUCGCGCGCCGUCAAGGUCUUCCUCGUCGUCUCAACGAUCCAGCAGCCGGGGCUUGGCGGCUUCUACAGCAUGCUCUUGCAGCUCGUCGUCAUCUACCUGUUGACCAAGAGGAGGUAA